CACUUUUUUCAGCGGAAUGUCCGAUCUUGUUUCCUGCAUCCACGAGAUAGGUUAACCACGCGGGGAUAUGCCUAGCUCCAAAAGUAUCAUAGAAAUCAGAUGGCGAAGUCACUAGUGCAAUGAAUCCACCAAACUGAAGAGGCUGCGCACAAAAUAAAUGAGAGUACUUCAUCAGUCAAAUCCAGUAGGAAGAUCCUGAAGAAGAGUUGCCUGCUUUGAAUUUGCCAGUAUAAUUAUCUGCACCUAGACACUAUGCUGAAUGCAUUCAGGCAGCUUGAGGAACGUAGUUUGUCAUCAGAGGUGUUGCUACUGUGUUGGUCACCUCGUAUGGAUUUAGUUGCUCUAGCCAAUAUUAAUGGUGAGGUGUUAUUGCAAAGACUAACAUGGCAGAAGCAACCCGUGUGGAUCUUACCAGCUCCUGCAAGUGAAGCGGCAAGCAAAAAGGUCAAUGUCCUGUCAUGGAGACCAGAUGGCAAAGUACUGGCAGUAGGAUACAAGGGUGGUCAUUUGCUCUUGUGUAGUGUAGAAAAUGCUGAUAUACUACACAGAGUAGAUUUGAAGUCAGCAAUCACAUGUAUACAGUGGGUUGAUUUGCAAGACAAGACUACAGACAGUCUCAAGAGCCAGGAACAAGAUAUGUUUGCUGAUGGCUCAGAUAUGUUCCUGCCAAAGCUUCCACCGCUAGCUAAAAUACAUUCGGCGAAAGUUUUUUCUGAGGACAAUGUUGAAGAUGCCAAAAGACUUAAGGGACAGAAAAAGCUGAAUGUUCUAGUAGUUGGGUUAGAUGGUGGAACCCUCGAGUUAUAUGCAUAUGGUAUAGCGGCUAUUGGAGCAAUCAAGCUGUCUGGAAUAAGUCAAGAGAAAGACCCUGGCAAGCAGUUGAACUGUCACAGAGUAAUUGCAGCAACUCUCUCCAAGGACCUACGCUAUUUGUCAGUAAUUGUGGACCAGACCAAGGAGGACUGCAAUGCAAUACCCACUGCUUACCUGUUGUCGCUUGACUGUAUUUUGAUUUCAUCAAGACUGGAAGAAUUCACUAGAUUUGCUGGUCAAAGUAGCAAGGUCACUACAUUAUUGGAGUACCUAAGUGCAACGUUACACUCUGUGUCUGAGGCUAGGGAGGAUAUUCUCAUGGAGAUAGAGACCAAACUGACUAAAUAUGCAGAGCAAAAGAAGACUGCUGGUAGUGUUCGUGAUGAGUUGCUGCAGUUGCUUCUUUGGGGUCGUGCCAGUCCCGAGUUACAAGCUUUCUUGCUACAUGAACUUACAGAAAAAGGCAUGAAGAAGCUGGGUCAAUCGGUGGAGAACUCUUACUCCAAUAUACAAAAACUUGUAUUGAAACACAUUCACAGUGUCUGUCGGUCAUUGGUGUAUCAUCUGAACCAACUAAAGGGAAUGUCUCUAUGGUAUGACAAAUAUGGCGUCAUUGGGCUGUCACCUACUGCCAUUCAAGAUGCCAUUGGAGCAGUUGGAUCUUUUAUGCUGAAAGCAAGUGAACUUCUCCAGGUGAUAGACACCAGCUUGAAGAAUUUCAAAGCAUUUUUCCGCUGGCUGUAUGUUGUCAUGAUGAGACUUUCUGAGGAACCAGUCCCAAGUGCCUUGAACAAGGUGCGGCAGAGAGACAUUAGUUUCAUCUCAGAUUUCUUGGCUGAAAAUUUUUCUGAAGAAAUUGGUGAAGUAGGUGAGACUGGAAAACAAUCAGGCUUCACUCUGGAGCGAGUUGGUCAAUAUUUGAAACGUCAAGACCUACAGUUCCCUCUGGUAUUAUCUGCUACGGUUGAGUCAUGGCAGGCAUGCAUUGGUUGCAGUCCUAAUCUGAAGACUAGUUUUCUCUUAUACAAACACUACCCUUCUAAAUCACUUCUGCAACUCUUUGAUGAAAUGGAACAAGCUAUCAAAGAUGCCCUGAGCAAACCAGCAGUCACAGUGGGCCAGUCAGUGAGCUGUUGUGAAAUAGUGCCGUUAUUCACACAUACAGCACUAGUCAGUGAUGAUGAGCGAAAAGAACAUCACCAUAUGGUUGUUGAUCAGCAUCGUCACAGUGAAGCACCAUAUAUAUACACAGUGCUUAUGGUUGAGGAAGCACCAACGGAAGUGGUAUAUCUCAUUAGACAGCCUUGUCAUCAAGAUGGGAGUCAAGACAAAGCGUGUGCACUUUGCUUGAAGUUCGCGUCUCUUGGAGAUGGAGAUCAUGAUGGUGGUACUACAUCACAUCACUCACAUAGAUGUAACCAGUAUGGGAUCCUAGAUGCUGCUUUCUUUGAUGACUUCACCCUCUCGGUACUACUCCAAGAAAGAUGGGCUGGGCAAGAAAGUGCAUCUGUCAUUUGUCAGCUCCCACUAGCAGCACUUAGCUACCAGUCCUUCACCCAACUGAGCAGACAUGGUGAACCAUUGAACCAAAGAUCAGAUAUAAUGGUACUGGAUGCUGGGCAAUACAUCAGCCACAGUCGACGACUGGAUAACAUCAAAGCUAGUAUAUUUGCAGUUAGUGGAUCCAGAAAAGUAUCAUGUGUGUUGUUUUCUAAUCGUCGUCGGGUCCGACUUUUUGACAUGGAUGCUGAAGAUGAUGGAGAAGAGGAUAGUCUAUCCGAGAGUUUACAAGAUGCAAGCAGUGCUGGCUUGACAAUGGAAGGAAUAGUACAAGAAGAUAGAGAAAGUAACAAAGAAAAUAUACAGUCGUUAGAUAAUCUUCACUAAAUAGCAAGAACAUAUUUGGUAAAUCAGUAACAUUCAAUCCUUUGUCAUUUUGAUCAUGAUUCAUUUAAGGAAACCUUCUUUUAGUCAAUCAACGUCAUCUUUGGACAGUUUGUUUUGUCACAGCAAUGGAAAUGCAUCAUAGUGUCUUAACAAUAUUAGAAUUGAGCAAAUUUGGCGUUCUAACUAUGCAUGUGCACAGUAGCAGUUUGAUGAUUUCUACUUAGAGUAAAGAUCAGUCACUUGUAUGUGGCAAACUUUGACUGAUUUCAAGAUUAUAUAUACAUGUAAUUUAAAACAAUGUACAACAUCGAAAUUAAGUAAGGGGAGUUUCAGUCGUAAAGAAAAGGGGAAAAAAGCUGUGCUUAAAACCAGAGGAAAACAAAAGCCGUCAGGAACACCUGCUGCAAGGCAUUUUGAUGACAUUAAGGUACGGCUCUACAAUUAAACCAAUGUUUUUGCCAUACUUCAACAUGCGCAUAGUGAAUACAUUCCACUCAUUCUGAUUUACAAUUCGCUCGUGAAUUGAAACAAUUUAGGCCUGCUGUCUUCUUUCGAAAAUUUAACAAAGGAGUUACAGUUUUUGCAAAAAUCUCCCUGGGCAGAAUUUUAACUUCAGAACAAGAACACUUCUUCAACAUUAUUGGUACCAUCUAUUAUUUUGUCGUCGUCGUUCCAGUUGCAUAAAGUUCUUUCAAAAAGGUAACGAGUGUGUGCUGGGAUUGCCAUGUGUAUCUGAAGCUAGCGUAGUCUAUGUAAUUCGCCGUGGUCUAUGAUAUGUGAGCAGAUCAGCUGAUUAAUUAGGCAAGACAACCGCCUCUUAACCUCUAGAUUUUGACCAAUGAGCGGGCACUUUCUAUAUUGGGUCUUCAGUCAUUGUGCUUCAUAGACAAUUGAUAAAAAAAACUUGUGUCUCGCGCUCUGUAUUAUGUUACGCGAUAAUGCACCCGGCUGUUGUUGUAUUACAAAACAAUGCAUUCGAAUUGACCAAUCAAACCAUUUAGUCCUGAUUUGGGAAUGAAAUAACGUCUUGAUUUAGUAAAGUCGACUCCGAUUCGCUGGCAUGCGGCUUGCAUAUACAUUUAUCUGCAUGUAUAGACAUAUCGGACGUUAUACAGGAGACUCGAUCUUGGCUCCGUGGAUAACGGGUGAUACUCAGACUAUAUAAAGCUAGUGUGGAACAUCCCACAGUGGAAUAUCACUUACAUAUUUUUUCAGAACUUUGAAAUAAGUUAAGGACAAAUUCUGAAUCAUUGAAUUUGGUGGGAAUACGGGACACUGGGGGCAGAUAUCUUAGGCAGUAAACCACAAGGUUUGCUCAUGUAGUGUUCUGACCAAUGUUUCAUGAUGGAUGCAUUGGUCAUUGUGGGGUAACUUUGAUCAACAGUCACUACACACAGGACACCAUUCUGGAUUAGGAGCUGUUGCCAAGGACAAAUCCGGUAUCAACUCAAGACAUUAACCUCCUUGUCCGAAAAAAAAAACAGUCUCCAGCCCAGCCAAACUCACACCAAUAUUCCCAUCGCAUCCAGGAUCUGAAGUUUACUUGCAAAGGUCUGUCACAAAUGUCCAAAUUGCUGCUUUGCCACUAAAAUAGCUUGCUGGGCCUCAAGAUCAAUAUCUCCAUUUCUAAAUACAUGUGAAUGGCAUUUCCCUAAUGAUAUGUGGUUUUUUUUUUAAUGUACAUGUACCUACCUUGAGUUAUUGUAAGUUGAGGGGUUUCUUUCAAAUAUUUAUGAAUGAUAUAUGCAAAUAAUUGGGGAAAAAAAUCAGUCAUGUUGAAUAAAAAUGUUGGGAGCAAUGUGUAUUGUCA